GUUACCCUUGCUCUAGUAACAUAUCCUGACAUCAAUCUUCAGAUAACCAAGCAAAAUGAGCAACGAACCUCGCAAGGAUCCUUCCGGUAGCGACAGCGAACCCGAAGACGUUUUCCACGAUGCCCGAUUCCCCGCGGCGGAAGAAGCACGACUCUUGGAAGAGUCUCACUCGAUAAAAGCCGAGGCGAACAAAUUAUUCUCCGCAUCAUGCUACGACCAAGCGAUAUCCUGCUACGACCGCGCGCUGGCCUCGUGCCCCAGCUACCUCGAGUAUGAAGUCGCCGUCGUGCGCAGUAAUAUGGCAGCUUGUUAUUUGAAAAUGGAAGAUUGGAAGGAAGCGGUUGGCGCUGCCACCGCGUGUCUCGAGUCUCUGGAUCGAUUCGAUCCGCCAUCUACCCCAGCCGAGGGAGACGACGGCCAUGCGCCGCAAGAAACCAAGCCGGGCUCGGAGCCAGCAGACGCGGUAGUGGAGAUAUCAGGAGACGACGAGGAAGCGGAGCUGAAAGAGCUGAAACGCCUUCAGGAGAUAGAUGAGAGGAGACAAAAUAUAAUGCGCAUUCGAGCGAAGGCGCUCAUGCGACGAGCUCGGGCGAAGAUGGAACUGAGUGGAUGGGGUAACCUGCAGGGUGCUGAAGAGGAUUACAAGGAGCUUGCUGGGAUGGAUAACUUGGUGCCAGAUGACAGGCGCAUCGUCCAGAAGGCACUUCGAGAACUCCCGGCCAAGAUCAAUGCGGCCCGGGAGAAGGAAAUGGGUGACAUGAUGGGCAAGCUGAAAGAUCUAGGGAACGGCAUACUCAAACCCUUUGGACUGUCGACUGAGAAUUUCAACUUUGUCCAGGACCCUAAAACAGGAGGCUACAACAUGAACUUUCAAUCUUGAUGAGAGGCAGAAUGUUUUGCUGACAUUUAUUCAUUGCAUAUUGAGCGCUUUAUCCUGUGAUUGCAGAAAGCAUGAGACAUCUAGUCACUGUCACUGAUUCCACAUUAUUUGAAUUCAU